AAGGGGACCCAGACUGAGAGGGAAGAUGGCUGAACCGGAGCUGAAAUUACGGAGCAGUCGGGAGAGUGUUGCCGAGGCAGCGAGCCAGGAGAAGAGCGGGGCAGCUGACGCAAACCCAGACCAAGAUGGUCUGAUUGUAGAGCAGCCAGCUACUCCAUCUACCCCCAUGGUCUCUGGUCCCAUUGCCAAAAGCCCCACUAACGGCUCACCUGCCAAAGGGGAGAAGAUUGAGCUCAAGCGCAGCAUCACCCUCUUCAACGGUGUGGGAAUGAUCAUAGGCACCAUCAUUGGCUCGGGCAUUUUCGUCACUCCGACAGGUGUGGUCAAAGAGACCGGCUCAGCUGGGCUCUCCCUGAUCAUCUGGUCUGCUUGUGGAGUGGUCUCUACCAUGGGUGCGCUGUGCUACGCUGAGCUGGGCACAACCAUCACUAAGUCAGGGGGAGACUACACUUACAUCCUGGAGGUGUACGGCGAACUGGCAGCCUUUCUGAAGCUGUGGGUGGAGAUGCUCAUCAUUCGGCCGUCGUCACAGUAUGUGGUGUCGCUGGUGUUUGCUACUUAUCUUCUGAAACCUCUCUACCCUAACUGUGCUGUGCCCGACAGUGCUGCCAAGCUCAUUGCCUGCCUGUGUCUCACCUCCCUGACGUUUGUAAACUGUAUCAGUGUGAGAGCGGCCACCAAGGUCCAGGACUUAUUCACAGCCUCCAAGUUGCUAGCCCUGGUUAUCAUUAUCCUCUUCGGCUUCAUACAGAUUUUCACCGGUGAUGUGCCGUACCUGACACCAGAAAAGGCAUUUGAAGGCAGCAAAAUGGGAGUUGACAACAUUGUCUUGGCUUUAUACAGUGGUCUCUUUGCUUUUGGAGGCUGGAAUUACCUGAAUUACGUAACCGAGGAGAUGAUCAAUCCAGAGAGGAACCUGCCCUUGUCUAUCAUCAUAUCCAUGCCUAUAGUGACUGUGGUGUAUGUUCUCACCAACCUGGCCUACUUCACCACCAUCUCCCCUCAAGUUAUGGUCGAGUCUGAGGCUGUUGCCGUGAGUUUUGGGGAGUACCAUCUUGGUGUGAUGUCCUGGCUGAUUCCUGUCUUUGUGGGACUGUCCUGCUUUGGAGCUGUCAACGGAUCCCUCUUCACCUCUGCACGGUUGUUCUAUGCUGGAGCUCGAGAGGGUCAACUCCCUGCUGCUCUGGGGCUGGUUCACACAGACCUUUUCACACCAGUGCCGUCCCUCAUAUUCACAUGUUUGCUGUCCAUGCUGUAUGCCAUCUCCCAGGACAUCUUCUCUGUCAUCAAUCUCUUCAGCUUCUUCACCUGGCUGUGUGUCGGUAUGGCCAUUGCUGGUAUGCUCUGGCUGCGUUUUACCAAGCCCGACCUCAGAAGGCCCAUUAAGGUGUAUCUGUUCAUCCCCGUGACUUUCGUUUUGGGCUGUGUCUUCAUGAUCGUCGUGUCCUUCUGGGCAGCUCCAUUUGAGUGCCUGGUAGGCAGCAGCAUUAUUCUCACAGGCAUCCCAGCAUACCUGCUGGGCUACAAGUGGAAGAAACCCCAUGUGGUCAAGAAGAUGCUUGAAAUCUUCACCAUGUUCUGUCAGAAGAUCUUCAUGUCUGUUCCUGAGGAGAGGGAGAAACAUGAGGCGGCUGAGUGAUGCUGGACAGACUGCACAAGAUGAAGGACUGGGUCAAUAUUUUUUGUAUGAACAUUCUUGACAUGUUUACAUUCAUUCACUUGUGAUUCGGCUA